UGUCACGCAUCUACCACCCAGCGUUCAUUAUCGGUAGCGCCACUGUUGGUAGGGAACUGUCGAUUGAACGCUGGUCGGUGGCACCGUUUUUUUUGUUGUCGAAAAUGGAACGAAAAGUAGCUCGAGAAUUUAAGCACAAGGUGGAGCUGCUCAUUGACAAUGAGGCAGAAAAGGAUUACCUGUACGAUGUCCUGCGGAUGUACCACAAGUCCAUGGAGCUGUCAGUGUUGGUGGGGGACCUGAAACUGGUCAUCAACGAGCCCAGCCGCCUGCCGCUGUUUGAUGCCAUCCGGCCCCUCAUUCCCCUCAAACACCAGGUGGAGUACGACCUGCUCACCCCCAAGAGGUCACGUAAGUUAAAGGAGGUGCGUCUGGAUCGUACUCAUCCUGAGGGGCUGGGGCUGAGUGUAAGAGGGGGCCUGGAGUUCGGCUGUGGACUCUUCAUCUCACAGAUCGUCAAGGAUGGACAGGCUGGAAACAGUGGCCUGCAGAUGGGAGAUGAGAUUGUACGCAUAAAUGGAUACUCCAUUUCUUCCUGUAUCCACGAGGAAGUCAUCAACCUCAUCAAGACCAAGAAGACCGUGUCGCUCAAAGUCAGGCAGUUUGGGAUGAUACCAGUGAAGAGUUCCACAGAGGAGCCUCUGAAGUGGCAGUUCGUGGACCAGUUUGUGUCUGAGUCUGGGGAGAAGACGAGAAGUGUGGCAGGCCUGGUGUCCAUGGGAGGCAAGGAGAUGAAGGAGAAGAAAGUGUUCCUGAGCCUGGUGGGCACCAAGGGCAUGGGCGUCAGCAUCUCCAGUGGCCCCACACAGCAGCCUGGUAUCUACGUCAGUAACGUCAAACCUGGCUCUCUCGCUGCUGAAGUAGGACUACAGAUUGGUGACAAGAUCGUGGAGGUGAAUGGGGUGGAAUUCACCAAUCUGGACCACAAAGAGGCUGUCAGAGUUCUGAAGAGCAGCAGGAGUCUAACCAUCACAGUUCUUUCUGGUGCUGGCAGUGAGUUGUUUAUGACAGGCGAGGAGCGUCUGGCGGUGGAGGCUCGCAGGGAGCUGGACAGACAAGAGCUGAUGCAACAGAAGAGGGUUGCCAUGGAGACCAACAAGAUCAUCAAGGAGCAGCAGGAGAAGGAGAGGCAGCGAAUGAUGGAGAUUUCUCAGAAGACUGCUGAGGAAGAGGAACGCUACCAGAAGGAGAUGGAGAAGAUCGAGGCUGCGGAGGUGAAGGACAACAGGGAGUGGGAGGAGGACUGUACCCCUGGAGAACAACCCAAAACCAAGAGUCCCUCCCCGGCCCCGCCCGAAAUCAACACCCCACCCACCAAGUCCAAGAGCUCUGACUAUGAAGCCAGCUCGUUUCAGGCUGACGACAAUGAUGAUGAGGAGGAGGAGGAAGAGGAGGAGGAAGAAGAAGAAGAAGAAGGGAGAGAAAGCUUUCAGAAAUAUGUGGAAGACUUUGAUCCCCACUCCAUGUUCUCCUCGGAGCAGAUAGCUGGACGAGACGUGAGACUGCUGAGAAUCAAAAAGGUUGGACCACUUGAUCUGGCCGUGGAGGGGGGAGUAGACUCCCCUCUGGGAAAGCUAGUGGUAUCUGCCAUUUAUGAUGGAAGCUCGGUAGACAAACAUGGUGGGAUAGUACCAGGAGAUGAGGUGAUGGCUGUGAAUGGGGAGAUCCUGACUGACUCCUCACUGACAGAAGGAGAGAACUCUCUGAACGAGGCCUGGAACAGUGGAGGGGAUUGGAUUGAGCUGGUGAUAGCAGUGUCACCUCCAAAAGAAUACGAAGAUGAGGAGACAUUCUUCUGAGAGUCACUUCACCGCCAGCCUGCCAAACAAGCCACACCCACCAACCAGCCAAACAAGCCACACCCACCAACCAACCACCCUUCUCAUUCUCUCUGAUCUAUUUCUAUCAUCACAAUCAAAUCGCUGCAUCAAACUGUUUCAAAUGCAAUGCUGAUCGUUACUGAAAGCAAGUCUGUUGAACCAGAACCACGCUGUCAAAUGCUACCUGUAAACUGUAUGUGAACUUCAUCCUAUGUUGAGUUUCAUUUAGAUCCCAGUACAGAUACUUCCUGGAGAAUCUGGAGGGUUAUGAUAUAUAUAAUAAAAUUGAUAUGGGGCAAUAUUUAAACAAUGCUAUGUAACUGAAUGUCUAGAAAUGUCUAAAUUUGGCCCAACUCUCUAAAUACAUGUCUCUGGUAACCCCACUUCUUCUCAUAUUAGAACACGACAGCAAAGGAAGUGUGUCUUAUUGAGUUUCGAGUCAAUCUAGUGGUGAAAACCUGAACUCUGAAGAGCCCGAGUGUCAACUGGUCUAUAUUGUUCAUUCCCAAGUGGAGCUGGUAGUGCUGAAAGUCUAAUUAAAUGCUAAGUGCAUCUCAGUGAGCUUCUAGUAUGCUAUAGAGCAAAGCAUGAGCUGGUGCACAUGCAAAAAUGUUAGUAGAGGUUCUGACUAACGGUGAGUAAACUGGAGGCUAUAAAAAUUUAAAACAGAGUCACACACUACAUAUAAGCUCCCAGUAGUUUAUUGGGUAAACCACCAACGGUUCGGCAUCACAGUGCCCGUGGUUUACCCAAUAAAUUACUUAACUUAUACUGUAUAUAUAGAGAGUUAUUUUAUUUUUAUAGCCUUCUAGUAUGCCAUAACAUGCCCUUGGCUCUCGGUGAAAUGGCACUCCUAAGUCCCCAAUUAAAGGUGUUUGAUAUUAUCAUUCAGUUACAAUGGGUAAUCAGAAGCAGACGCAGAGGCCCAGCAGGCAGGCAGGCACACUGUGAUGUAAUCAAUGUCCUUCCUCUGAAAUCACUCUCUCAGAAUUAGUAAAGGUAUUUGUUCACUUUGACUGACUGAUGAGAUUGUCUUGACUUAAAAGAUUGUCAGUUUAUAAUACUGGAAUUCUAAUGCAUUAGUUAGUUAAAUCUCUCUCUCUCUUUCUCUCUCUCUCUCUCUCUCUCUCUCUCUCUCUCUCUCUCUCUCUCUCUCAUUGCAUUGAUUAAAAUAUUGUUGUGGAUAUUAGUCCUAAAUCUCAUACUCA